UCCUCCUCCUCCUCCUCCUCCUCUUUCUCUUGUCACUACUGUGCUUUUCGGGUGGUGGAGGCGGAGGGGGGGAUCCCGUUUUCUCUUCCCAUCCUUUAUUUUCCCGGAGAACCGAGCCGUGAAGGCGGCGACCCGCGUCUCUUCUCCCCGGACGGUGCGUUCGCUGACCGGCGCGCCGCAUCCAGCCGAGCCGCCCGAGGGGAGCACAAGGGCGGACUGGACUGAAGGGGAAGAGCCGGGGACCGACGGCACAUCCGCCGCUUUCUUUUUUUUUAACGCAAACCCCGCAGUUUGCCAUUGAUUGAUCUCCGGAGGCCCGGAGAGCGGAACCGCUUCGUCAGCCGCCUCUCUGGCUCCGUUUGAGUGGUUUUCUGGUUAUUUAUCACCCAGAAAUUACACGUUUUACGAGCUUUAACGGGAAAGUGGAAAGUGACGCCCGGGGGGAGGCACGGGGAGCGCGGCGGUCCCUGUUUAUUGAGCCCGAUCAGCUGCCUCGAUGCGGGCGUUUCGUCCUGUUUUCCAGCCGAGGACGAUGCCGCCGCUCCGCCGGUAUUGUUUGUCCGCCGCUCGCAGCCCGUUUCCACAGAAAUGACCCGGUAGCGUCUGGGAGGGACUCCGGGGGGGAAAGUGAAAAGCCGAGUGGGGGGGUUUCACGCUUGUUUUUCCUCGCAGGAGGACAGAUAUGAAGUGGAUGUAGCUCUCCGGUGUGUGUUUUAUUCUCCCCCCUCGUUACGCACCAGUUUUAAGCUGGAUCUCCGGUGAUCCGUGCUGCCUUCACGGACUGUGACAAUGAGGAUUGUAUGAGAAGAGAAGCUGGUUUUCUCUCUUUUCUUUUUUUUUUUUUUUUUAAACCCCUCCUCGUAAAUCCAACCUGCCGGGACUGAUAUCCGGGCUAACCUUGACGGACCGACGCGUUUUGUUUUUCUGUGGGACGGCGGAGCGGAGCGCACUCAGGGACGAGCAUGUCUUUACGCACGGCGCUGCCUGGGAACGAGCGCAACCCGGAGCACCACGCCUCGCUGUCGGCCAGCCGCUCGGAGAAGGGCUCGGGCUGGUCCAGCCGCUCGCUCGGCGCCCGAUGCCGGAACUCCAUCGCCCUGUGCUCGGACGAGCACCCGCACAUCGGGAACUACCGCCUCCUCAAGACCAUCGGCAAGGGCAACUUCGCCAAGGUCAAGCUGGCGCGACACAUCCUGACCGGCAGAGAGGUCGCAAUAAAGAUCAUCGACAAAACACAGCUGAACCCAACCAGCCUGCAGAAGCUGUUUCGAGAGGUACGAAUCAUGAAGACUCUGAACCAUCCCAACAUCGUCCAGUUAUUUGAGGUGAUAGAGACGGAGAAGACCCUGUACCUGAUCAUGGAGUACGCCAGCGGAGGCGAAGUGUUCGACUACCUCGUGGCUCACGGCAGAAUGAAGGAGAAGGAGGCCAGAGCCAAGUUCAGACAGAUUGUCUCGGCUGUGCACUACUGCCACCAGAAGAACAUCGUCCACAGAGACCUGAAGGCGGAGAACUUGUUGCUGGACGCCGACUCCAACAUCAAGAUCGCCGACUUCGGCUUCAGCAACGAGUUCACGGCGGGCAACAAGCUGGACACGUUCUGCGGCUCGCCGCCGUACGCCGCGCCCGAGCUCUUCCAGGGGAAGAAGUACGACGGGCCGGAGGUGGACAUCUGGAGCCUGGGCGUCAUCCUCUACACGCUGGUCAGCGGCUCGCUGCCCUUCGACGGCCAGAACCUGAAGGAGCUGCGGGAGCGAGUUCUGCGGGGGAAAUACCGCGUUCCCUUCUACAUGUCCACGGACUGCGAGGGCAUCCUUCGCCGCUUCCUGGUGCUCAACCCCACCAAGCGCUGCUCGCUGGAGCAAAUAAUGAGGGACAAGUGGAUCAACGUGGGCUACGACAGCGAGGAGCUGAAACCCUACAUCGAGCCCGGAGAAGACUUUAACGACGCCAGCCGCAUCGAUGUGAUGGUGGGGAUGGGAUUCAACAGGGAGGAGAUCCGAGACUCUCUGUCCAGUCAGAAGUACAACGAGAUCACCGCCACGUACCUGCUGCUGGGCCGCAAGAGCGAGACGGAGGCCAGCGAGUCCCGCUCCGCCAGCAGUCUGAGUCUGGCCCGGGUCCGACCGGGGGCCGUCUCCAACGGGACGAGCAAACACUCCACCUCCUCCUCCUCCUCGGGCGCGCCGUCCUCCUCCUCGUCCUCCGGCCACAAGCCGCAGCGCAGCGCCUCCACCUACCACCGCCAGCGGCGGCACUCCGACUUCUGCGGCCCGGCCGUUCCGGGGACCACGCACCCCAAGCGGAGCCCCAGCGGCGUCGGCGAGGGGGUGGGGCUUAAAGAGGAGCGGCUGUCCAUCCGCAAGACGAGCACCAAUGCGGUGGGCUCCCGGAACAUCCCCACGCCGUCCAGCCCCAUGGUUAGCUCCGCCCACAACCCCAACAAGGCCGAGAUACCGGACCGCCGCAAGGAGGCCAACUCCACCACGAAUAACAUCCCUGCUAGUGCCAUGACUCGGAGGAACACGUACGUGUGCACGGACCGGUCCAGCUCGGACAGACAGUCGCUUCUGCAAAACGGCAAAGAGAACAGCUCCUUGUCCCACCGCCUCCCCCCCGCCUCCCCCUCCACCCACAGCAUCGCCGGCGCCUCGGGCGUCUCCUCGUCCUCCUCCACGCCCUCCUCCCGCCUCUCCCGGGGCUCCACGGUGAGGAGCACCUUCCACGGGGGGCAGAUCAGGGACCGCAGGCCCCCGUCUCACGCCCCCCCGGCCUCCCCGACGCCGUCGCACGACGCCGGCCCGCUGCCCCACGCCCGCACCCGGGCCACCUCCAACCUGCUGAGCAAGCUCACCUCCAAGCUGACCAGGAGGGUCACUCUUGACCCCUCUAAACGUCAGAGCUCAAACAAGUCCAUGUCGGGCUGCACCCUCCCACAGGGGACAAAAACAGUUAACGAACCUGAGAGAAUCAGCAGAUCUCCGGUCACAAGUCGCCAUCUACCUGGGCAUCAGAAAGCGUCCGAGCCCCGGACCCCCCGAUGCGGCUGGGAUGUGAGGGUGCGCAGCCCCCGCGACCCGGCCGAGGUGGUGCUGGCGCUGCGCGAGGCGGCGCAGGGCUGCGGCUGCCAGGUGCACCUGGCGGGGCCCUUCCUGCUGUCCUGCACGCACGGCGCCGCCGGCGCCCGCGUGGCCUUCGAGGCCGAGGUGUGCCAGCUGCCCGGCGGGCUGGGCCAGAGCAGCGGCGUGCGCUUCAAGCGCCUGUGGGGGGCGCCGCUGGCCUUCAGAGACAUCGCCACCAAAGUGUCCAAAGAGCUGGAGCUCUGAGGGCGGGCGGGGGCGGGGCGGAGCGAGCCGCGCCCCGCCCCCGACACGGACCCUCUCCUCCUCGUGCCGCCGCUCACGGCCAGACAAACGGGUGCACGGCUGACGGUGACCUUUGACCUUGGAGCUGCCGGUGACCUGUGACCUCUGCUUAAUUCACGCCUCCACCUCCACUUCCACCUCACUCAGACUUCAGUUUGUCCCGGCGGUGCGGCGGUUGCCGGCGUUCCCGUCGUGUCACGUUCGUCCUCAUUCCUCUUUUUGAAGAGCUGCUAUUUAAAGAAAGGUUUUUAAUUGUUUCUUUUAUUUUGCGAUGAAAUGUACUUUUUUUUUUUUUUUUUUUCUUUCACCCUUUCGGAAACGGGGCGGACUCUCGACAGCGGUCGUCACAUAUUUACGAAGCGAGGGCGGCGUGACCUCCGACCUCCAGGGAGACAUGCAGAAAUGCAGACGCGUGACAGAAAAGCUGCGGUUUUUGUUCUCUUUUUGAAAACAUCUGGGUUAAAAAAACAAUCCCUCCCCUCCUGAUUCGAUCUAAUGGAUUUUUUUCUUCUUCUUCUCACAGUCGAUAGGUUUCUCCACCAAUCAGGAGGCUUCAGCUCAGCCUGAACCCGCCUCCUCUUUGUCUCGGUGCCACUUCAGCAGGUUUCGUUUAUUUCUCUUUAAAAGACAAAGCGAUGAAGAUCAGUCGUUAUGAAGCCACUGUGUCGUCUGGCAAAUACACACUUUAAUCCACUAAAACUGAAGUGAAUGUCCUCUGCACAUGUCACACACAUUUUGGUCUGGAAUCUAUUUUCACUGGUUUGAUAAAACUUGAUCACAAAACGUCGCAAAUAUUCAAUUUAAAAAAGUUGGAAACUUAAACUACAUUUUUCAAAAUUAAGUGUUUUGUAAUGAAUUUCUUUUUCCUUUGAGGUUUUUUUUUUUUUUGGAAUAAUUUCCUAUUUUCAGGAAAGAAGUGAACAUAAACUCUCAGUCCUGAACUUUCAAUUUGUGUUUGGAGGAAAUUUGUCUGGAAAAGCUUUGCUCUGAAAUUCCAGAGAAUUCAAUUUACAGCUGCAUCUCAAAAUAUUAGAAUACAAAUGAAAUUUAAAAGAUUGUCAUGAUUUAAGUUUACUUAUUACACAAAAACUUGAACAUUUUGAGACUUGUUUGUUUUAUUAAUAAUUUUAGCUGAUUCUUCACCGAAAUCAAAAAUUGUUUCAACAUGUGAGAGAUUUUCUUUCGAUGAGGAGUUCCUUUAUUCUAAACACAGGAUGUUAUUAUCACAUACGAGAUAUUAGAAAAUAUAAAAAGAUAGAAACUUUUAAGUUUAAAGGUUCAUUUAAGCGACAAUUAAGAAAAACGUGAACUUUUUUAUGACAUUCUAAUUUUUUGUGAUGAGUUGUUAAAUUGUGUCUUUAAUGAUCAUAAAAUAACCAGACUCAAAAUGUGCCUAAAGUUCAAAAACAAACCAAGCAAACAAUUGUCUGUCUUUGUGUUCAUUCAGAUUUUUCUUCUUUUUUUAUGAUUUAAGCUGCUGUGGCUUAAAAACCUUAUUAAAAACUGUGACUUUUUUUAAAAAGUUUUUUUAUUUCUAAAUUGUUUUUACAAAACAAAAAAAUUCAUUACAAAAAAUGAACUAAGGUCAAAAAAGUUAAAAGCAUUUUUUUUCAUUUUUGUUUGAUUAAAUUGUUAAAGUAGCAACAGGAAAUAAGUUUGUUUUUUAAUUGUUAUGAACAGGAAUGACAUUCAGACAUGUUUUUUUUUAUAUUUAGACCAUUUUUUAAAAUUUCCUUUUCUGGCACAUUGUGCCCCAUCUGAGAGAACAGCUGCAUAUUUUAGACUUUUUUUCUGCAACUUGUCACAUUUUUCCAGAGAAGAUUUAAAAAAAAAAAAAAAAAGAAUCAGUGUUUCCAUUUGAAGGCACGUUUCCAGUGGAGUUAUUUGACUUUUCCUCCAUGAACAUUUCCACCUGGCACGGUUACUGUAGCUCAGACUCCUCAGCGAAGUGCAAUACAGCAACUCCAAGAGACAAAACUUGAAUAUGUGGUGAUUUAUGACUAACAGGGCUCUUUGUGCUUUUUCAUUUCUAGUUUUUGAUAUUGAGCACUUUCCCGUUGCUUUGCAGCCAGUUUCUGUCCUGGCAGGAGGGUUUUUUGAUAGUUUUUCUCACGUCAUUUUUUUUUUUUUUUUUUAAUGUUUUUUUUGCUAAUUUUUUUUGCCCUUUCAGAGUAAUUAGACAGCCUCUUUUGCUUCUGUUACAUCAUUGGUUCUCAAAGUGUGGCCCGGGUGCCGCAGCAGGUCGAAGCGACGCCUCAUCUGUGGUCUGCACGACACAUGAAACCUUCACACACUUCAUCCACAGCCCUGCAGCCAGUUCGGAAAGUAGCUUUCAUAGAUUCUUACAGUAAAAAAAGUAAUUGAACCGGAUAUAGCUUGUAAUUACUGUUUGAAUCGAAAGUUGAAUUACUAUAUUUAAAUAUUUACAGGCCACGGCUCCACAAUUUGGCACUCGAUGUAUGAUUUUUUUUCCUCCCCUAUAAAAAUCAUAAAAAGAUUUUCUCUUGAAACAUGCACUUUUAUUAAGCUUUAGUGCAAAUUAUAUUUUUUAUUCACGGCCUCCAUGAAAAACUAAAAAUGUCAAAAAACCUUCAGUUCAGCCACAAAUGAGUCGGGGUCAUCCUGCCGCACUCUGAGAACCGCUGAAUUACCCGAUUCCACGCAGGAAAAUGACUUUUUGUAGUAGAAACCAGCAGAGAAGACUUCAUGUUCACAGGUAGAUGUGAUGCUUGUGUCGCCAUGCGAGUCGUUUUUGGUUCAAAUGAAAUUUUUUUUCUGUUAAAAGUACCAAAUUUCAGCUGAACUCCAGUCUUACGAUGUCAAUAUAAAUUUUUUUUUUCCAGUAUUACAUUUGCUUUCAUGUUUUUUACCUCUGCGGCUUUUAAUUUGCACACUGUAGACGUUGCCCGCCCCUUCCUGUCUGUCGUCCAAUCAGGCCGCAGCACUGCUGAGAGGUGCAUGACUGUUGACCAAUCAGAUCCAAGCGCUGCUGCGAGCGGUUUAUGACUGUUAGCCAAUCAGACCCCAGUGGUUGGAAUGUGACCUUCAGUGACCUUUGUGAAAUCAGAUUUUUUUCUUUUCUUUCAUCAGCUGCUUGUUGCAAAAAGAAAACUAGUUAAAUUAAACGGAGUCCGACACGAGCUGCGCCAGCGCCUCCAGACGGGCUGCUGUCGUUUGUCUCUGCUGGCGGAUCACCGAAGCGCCGACACGGGGAAACGACCUCCAGGACGGAGACGCCUGGCGGCAGCUUGUCUGACGUCCACCGCUGUCUGAUAAUGUGAAGCUGUGAUUGGUUAGGGCUCGUCCGGCCCUCUGUUUUCCAGGUCGUGCUCUAGAAGCGGUUCGUAGGCCGUGCUUUAAGGCUACACUUCUGUUGUAUAGCGUGUUCCAAGCCGUCGCCGUGAUCAGUAAACACUUAACUUAUGGGCUGAAACUACCGAGAUGGUCGACCUGCAAUCCUGCAUGUCUCCUAGAAAAUAAAGUGUGACACACAAA